AUUCUAGUUGACCAUGAACGAGAUUUUCCGGCCACUGCUGGAUGAGUGCAAUUUCCUAGGGUUUGUUGAUUACGUCCGCCGUUUCAUUCUGAACAUGGCAGGGGUAACUUCCACUCUCACGGAUCCCCUAAAAAAGGGCACGUUUUUUGAGUGGGAGGGGGAGCAGCAGGCUGCGUUCAAAAUGCUCAACCUUUUCCUGACAACCCCUCUGGUUCUUCGGAUUGCAGAUCCUCACCGUCCGCUUGAACUGAUCGCCGAUGCUAGCGAUUUGGCCAUGGGCACAGUACUGUUACAAGACUUUUGCAAAAGCCUCCACCUUAUCGCCUACGAGUCACGAAAGCUGAACCCGGCCGAGCGAAAUUAUCCUGUCCACGACAAGGAGUUACUCGCCAUCAUUCACGCUUUCAAAGUCUGGCGCUGCUACCUGACGGGCGCUGGCGUAAUAGUCCGAACAGACCACAAGUCUCUACAGUUCAUCCGCGCCCAACCAACACAGAAUCCCCGACAAAUUCGCUGGCUCGACUACCUCGAAUUCGUCCGUGGGCGCGAAGGAGCGAGCGGGUGGUUCUCCAUUCUGGCCCGAGCCCAGCGAGGACAAGCGUCACGAAGCUUUCUUCAGUGAUUGUUCCUCCGCACCGAAGCAGGCGGUCGCGGAGUGUCUGGCAUCGACUC